AAGUAGUAGCAAUCGAGCACUCGAAAAGUAAACUUAAGUUUUAGUGCAGGUUAUUAUAAAUCGUUGUGGUUAAAUUGUCACUCUGUAUUAUAAGCCGUAGAGUUCUUUAAAGGUUCUAUAAAUAAUAUCAUGCGUCUCAAGUACUGGUACAGUAUUAUCGUACGCAACAAAGCUUGCAUAAUUUGUAUACUCUUCUUCUUGAUAAAGUACAGCGAGUCUACAUGUACAAUUGAAUUUACUCCCAACGCAAGAGAUGCUAAUGAUGUCUUCAAUAUUUUUUCCGGGACUGGACCACUUUUAUAUAUCUAUAACUCCGAACAUAAGCCAGAAUUCCGUCAUCCGAUGAUCGAUCGAGAUAAGCUUUGCCUUUACUUUUCAUCAGAUGAUAAAAAACAACCAGACGUUCGACUGCAUCUCGGGUGUGCACAUCCAGGUCAACAUCUGCGUACGGGUUCUAGUACAAGUUUUAUUACAGAAUCGACUUCAUCAACGGCUUAUGCAGCAUAUAAAAGAGAUUUAGAAAGGUUUGUGUCAGCCCCAUGGAGUAGUAUAACUUCUAUAACGUGUUUGACCAAACCUGUUCCUGCUGUAAGGUUUUUUCAAGAUAAUCAGAAAGAUUGGCUAGUUUAUACAGCAGGAUUUCCAAUAAACGCGAUACUUUUUCUACCAGUUUAUAGACUUCUUAAGCCAAGUCACAAACAUCAUUUCAUCGGCCACGUGAAAAUAGUUUCUACAAUAAAUUAUAGGCCUACAUUUAUUGAAUCAUACGAAUACAAAAACAGUCAUUUUAAUGACCAUAACAUUAAUUAUACUCAAUGCUACGACAGAGAACUUCAGAUAAAACGUUUUAAAAAUGUAAUGGGUAAUGCCGAGAAACCAUACUUUUCUGGUGGCAAUUAUCUCGACAGAGGACACUUGAUCAAUAAAAACGACUUAUUUUAUGGCCCUGAACAAAUGAGCAUUUAUUAUAACGAAAAUACAUUUCCUGUAUGGAAUAGCGUAAAUAAAGGAAACUGGGACUUAGUCAAUGAAAUUGUUCGAAACUUCGCUGAAGAAAUUGUCUCAGAUGUCGAGGUUUACACAUAUCCUUUCGGUGAUUUUCAAGUGAAAAAGGAUAUUCCUCACCUGUGUUCAUUUCAGAAUUUGAAGAUAAGAAUUCCACUAUUACUGAUCAAAAUAGUUUAUUGGUCGAAAAAUCCGACGGAGGAGAUGGCAUUUAUCACGGCGAACGAUCCGCUUAUGACAGAAGAAAAAAUGACUCGGCUAAUGGAAUCAGGGGGAAAGGCAUUGUGUCGUAAACGCCGCGAUUGUCACGUCGAAUAUCCUCAAUUCUUAGAUGCAAAGAAAGGACUUACGUACUGCUGCGCACUUGUUGAUAUCGAUAUCGCCUUAAAUUCUUAGUAAUUUGAGGCUAGACACGUUCAACAAAACCACUUACAAAACAUUGUCGAGUAAAAUCUAUGUACGAAGUUUCAGAAGAGUCUUUUUCGCACACCGCAAAUCGCACUUAUUGAGCCGCUAUACGCAUCGCCAUUUUCUGGGGAGCAAGUUUCUGAAAAGACGCUUUAAUCUUUUGAUUCCGUUGUCGUGCGUUGCCGCACGUUUGUAUCGAGCGAUUUUAUUGCCUAUUGUCCGAACAGUCCCAACCAAAAAACCCCGGCGCUGUGUGCGUCGUCUAUACACCGCACUUUCCGAGCGGAUUUUCUUUCGGAAUGCACUUUAUGACCGGUCCCUUUUCUAAUUGCGGGCCCCUGGGUUUUCUCCGGCCCAGACCUUCAAUACGGCCGGCCAUUAGCACGUCCUGUCCCGCCGGACAGCCACGCUUAGCGUAGCACACCUCGAUCGCCGUAUACUGCUGGCUUUAAUAAAUAUAUUUUAUAGCACAGUGUGGCUAAAAUCCGCUGUUAAGUCACGCCUAUCUGUGACUAAAGUAGUCCUUUUUCUCACCGUGUUUAUCACACUCGCUACGCUCGUGCGCUAACCUCACGGUGCAAAAAAGGACUGCUUUAGUCACGAAUAGGUGAGACUUGCGGACUUUAGCAAUCUGCGAUAUAAAAUUUUAUACGAUUCUCUUGACUUAAAUAGUUCUUUUUUACACGGCACAGUUAGCACCCGAGCGUAACGAGGGCGCUAAGCGCCGUGUUAAACUUUAAGUCACACGUAUCGUAAUGUACUAUUACGUUUAAGCAUUCAUAUUCAAUAUUAAAUUCCUUAAAUAUACUUACGGCAUUAAAAAUUCGUAUAUUCUUCUUUUA